UGUAUUUAGAAAAGGAUUCUCUACAAAAGUUCUUGGUUCACGGCCACUGCUCACUGGGACGCUUCGCGGGAACACGGCCACCAAAUUUUGAUUAGUUCGUUGAAACGGGCAAAACCCAAAACAAUUUCUUUGUUGCUUCUCGUCGCAAUCCGGAAACGACAAGUGAAGAAACGACUUAGGGUUUCGUUGUUGCAACCGGCUCUUCGUUUUCUUCUCUUUGCUUCUUCUUCUUCUUCUUCAGUUCAAGUCCAAACACCUGCAAGUGGAAGUUCGCAGCUCAUAGUGGUUGAUUAAGUUGUAAAUAUAAUCUUUAACAGGCAAUUAUAAAUAUGGCGCUUCAGGCAUUCCCUAGGCUUCUACAAUUCAAGAGCUGUGAUCUCUUUGGAAAUGGUUCGUUGAGUUUUCCUCCAAUUCAGAGUAGAACUGUUCAUACAAAGCCAUGGGUGAUUGAAGCAAGAGCCAGAACUAGGGUAGAAAGCCCAAAAGUCCGGAACAGAAGAUUGCAGAAAAAGUACAAUGGCACACAGAAGAAACCCAGGCUUUCUGUAUUCUGUUCAGAAAAACAAUUAUACGCGAUGCUUGUUGAUGAUCAGAACAAAAAGUGCUUAUUUUAUGGCAGCACUCUGCAACAAUCAGUUCGUACAAACCCUAAUUCUACCACCAUUGAAGUGGCACAACGUGUUGGUGAAGAGCUUGUUAAGGUGUGUAAUGAUCUUGGAAUUGAUGAAAUUUCAUCUUAUGAUCGCAAUGGUUUUUCAAGAGGAGCAAGAAUGGAAGCAUUUGAGAUUGCAUUAUCUGAGCAUGGUUUUUUGUUUCGGUAGAUUUCCAUCCCAAUUGAACCUCUUAGAAGUAUUGUAAAAAGAUCAAUCAAAAUUUGUACCGUUUUUUGGGGCUUUGUAUGUCAUAUGCGUGUAAAUUCAUGUAUAAGUGGUUGUGAUAGAUCUAAUCGACAUCGUAUAAAAAGGACAUCUCUUCACCUCUAGGACAAAUAUGUGCCCUUGGUGCUAUAGUCUUGUUCUUAGUUGUUAUCAGUUAUCAGGUUUUUUCGACUAUUAAUCAGAAAAUUUUAGCUUAAGCACA